AUGUCCAUUUGCCUUUCUUUCUCUUUUCCAUCUUCAUCUUUCUGUUUCUUUCUCUUUUUCGUGAAUUCACUUUUACAAUUUCAUUCCUUCCAUACAUCUUCCUUUUUCACAACAUACAUUUAUCUUUCCCCUCUUUCUUUGUACCUUUCCUCCUUUCCUUUUCUCUAUUUGUCUUUCUAUCAACCUCUAUCACGUUCCCUUUCUUCAUCUGUUUCUCGCUUUUUCCUAUCACUCCUUUUUAAUCCCUCUCUCUCUCUCUCUCUCUCUCUAUCUAUCUAUCUAUCUAUCUUUUCUAUAUCUCUCUAUCACUCCUUUUUAAUCCCCCUCUCUCUCUCUCUCUCUCUCUCUCUCUAUCUAUCUAUCUAUCUUUUCUAUAUCUCUAUCUAUCUAUCUAUCUAUCUAUCUAUCUAUCUAUCUAUCUAUCUAUCUAUCUAUCUCUCCCUACUAAAUUGUUCAUAUUGUCCAAAUCGCUCUUGGUUUUCCUUCCCGAUCGUUUAUAUUCGAUCAGACUCACAUGAAUCUAUUUGUUCCUCUAAUUCUUCCUCGUCAUCCAACUCCAUUGUCUCUCAAUGCACACAUCCGCGCACCCUGACCCCACAGACAGACGCACAUACACUUUCCUAG